UUCGGAAACUUUAUACAGCUUUACUUUUCCUGUUCAUUCGUAAAUAAUGAAGAUUAAACGUGUACCGAUAAGCGAACGCCAGGUUAAAAACCAGAAAGACGCAAAACGCUGUUUCAUUUUUUAAGCAUUCCAAUUUGAUUUUCAUCAAAGAAUAUCGAGAAAACUGUGAAAAUCUUAGUAACAUAAUAUAAAGUGAUUAUUAAUUCAUGAAGUGGCGCAUCGAAAUCUUUAUUUUCUCUAAAUUUAACGUCACAAAAGAUGACGCGAAAGUAAUAAUAUAUAAAAUAUGUUUGGUAGAUGAACAUUCUCAGUGUGCUCGAAUCCUAUUUUCACUGUACAAAUUUUGAUUUCUAUAUUAUACUUAUGAACGCGUUAAAAAAUAUGUGUUCCUUAAAUGUAAUGUUGAUACCGUGUGCAAGCGAUGCCGUGGCCAUUUUCAUGUGUGCUCCAGUUUCGUAAUCAUUAUCAACUCCAUAUUUGAAUUCAACAAGUAAUGCAGUGGCGUGUUUCGUUUAUUCACGAAUUUUUGUGCCGCUUCGCGAGGUGCCAGUUCACUGACAAUGCAUUCAUUUUCACAUUUUCAUUCCGACUGUGCAGCCGCGAGAAAAAUCAUUGCAAGGAAUAAACAUAAUUUCUCAAAAUAUGUACGUCUGUGAAAAAUCUGUUUAUCGCAUUCCACGUAGGUCGGAUUUUAUGUGAAUACUAUAAUCGUGAUAUAACAAAUGCGAAGUGGAACGAAAAUCGUUUAAAAAUGACUCCGAAAGUGAUCCUAGGUACGAAACGCUGUUAAUAAGGACAACAAACGUGUUGAAAAACUGGUGCGCUGCGUGGACGCCAUUUUUUUUUUAAAUCGUUUAAAAGUAUAUUAUUGCUAUGAAGAAUUCAGUGAAUUGGAACACGUGUGCAGUGUUUGCAACGCCGUUAAUUACAGUGCAAGAUAACGUGAAAAUUGGUGGGGAAUCAAUUGAGCCUGUUAAAGUUUAUUUUCGAUACCAAUGCGUUCGCAAUAGGGCGGCCAUUUUGUCGCUUAUUAGUGGAUAAACAAAUGACGAUGUUGGUACUCUGGGUUCGAGGCUAUAGGCACGUCAGACGCGCGAAAAUUCAAUUUUAUUCCCCACUGACAAAAAUAGUACUUGAGACAAUAUGCCACCGGAUAGACCAGAUGCAUCAGGUGCAGAAACUGAAAUAGGACUGAGUAGUACUCAGGUUCUGAAUUUUGGAGAAACAGUAUACAAAAUGAAAGAAAAAGAAAACACAAAUGCUUUGGUUGAAACAAAUUCAACAGAUGAACUCUCUAUGUCUGAAAAGUCAGUAGAGAAAAAUAGUCAGUCAGACGAUGAUCUAACUUCUUUGAGUUGGCUCCAUCAACAGAAUUUAUUAAAGGGCUUGGAUAUUUCGAAUCCUACUAAAGAUACCAAAAAUGAGAAUGUUUUAAACAAUAAUGUUUGUGAUGAUACAGCAGAUUUUUCUGAAAAUACAAAUUCUGUUUCAAGUUUAGAUGAUGGUUACUGUCCAGCAGAUAAUAAUGGCAGGAUAAAUAACUCAACAUCGCAUGGUAAUAGUCAAAGCUAUCAGCAUUCAAAUAAAAAUGGUCAAAAGUCAAUCUUUCAGGAGUCGGUAAAAAAUCAUUAUAAUAGUUCACAAAAUAAUCAAACAAAGAUUUCUUUGAACAACAAUAAUCUGCCAGUUUCGAAUCGCAACAAACACCCUACUCAUAUACCAUAUGAUCCUCAUUUGCACAGAAACAGUAAACCACCAUAUUCAUUUUCUUGUUUAAUUUUCAUGGCUAUCGAAGAUAGCCCUGUAAAAGCUCUACCAGUCAAGGAAGUAUAUGCGUGGAUUUUGGAUCACUUUCCAUAUUUUAGGAAUGCUCCAACUGGAUGGAAAAAUUCUGUUAGACAUAAUUUGAGCCUAAAUAAGUGUUUUCGCAAAGUAGAGAAAGCACCGAAUUUAGGCAAAGGUUCAUUAUGGAUGGUAGAUGCUCAGUAUCGUCCAAAUCUGAUACAAGCAUUAUCUCGUGCUCCUUUCCCUCCUCCUACGGCUCAAACACUCUCUUCGUCAGAAAAGCCUCAAAAAAAGAAUACAAGUACACGCCUUCCAGAUCCUAUUCUCUUUCCAUAUCUUUCCAAAAGACUGGCAUCAAGUAACAUUACCGAUAACACAGACACUGAAGUAGACAGCGAUGUAGAUGCAGCAGCUGCUGCAAUGCUUUCUUUCAAACAUGGACCUAUUAUUUUAAACCACAAUAAAGGUAUUGAAGAUCGUAAAAGAAAAGUACCGGAAUCGGAAGUGUUGGUUCCAGUAAUCACCAGGAGCUCCAGUGAAGAUCAUACUUAUAGUUGUAUUACUUCAGUAAGACAAGAAAGCAAAUAUUCGAGGAAAGAAACUAAUCCCGAUUUUGAUGAGCAGCGAAAGUUAGUAGAAGGGGUAGACGCGCUUCUGAACUUAGCAGGUGUUACUGCGCCACUUAAUCACAAUAGGACACAUCAUGUGCAAGGUAGUAAUUCAACGCCAAAGUCUGAGGGUACAUCAAAGUUGAAAAAACGUUCAGCUCCGAACGAUUACUCGAAUCCACCAGAGAAAAGGCGUAAACAUUGGCCGAAAUGGAGUGAAGGGAAGCGGUAUUUAAAACAAAUUAUAUAAACAUUUUGAUUGUGUGUAUAUACAGCAUUGAAAACUUUUAAUUUUGUUUCCACAUCGAACGGGAAAUCUGUUUUAAAAUUGUGUCUUUAAUAUGAGUUUCGAGACAACGGACUUAACUUUACAUCAUUGACAAUGAAUCAAUUGUCUUUCGAAUACGACUAACGUCAGUAAAGAUUUGCAUCGAAGUUAUUGCCAUUUUUAGGCAAGUAAAGGGGGAUUAAAGUGAAAGAGACGUGAUGUUAUUGUAACGCGUACGAAAGAAAGAAAGAAAGAAAUAAUGUGUGUCAGGUGCAUUUCUAUUGAAAGAAACAAAGGAAAGCGAGGGAAGCAAAAAUUGGCGGACGCUCAGGGUUUAGAACUCGCUAUAUGCCAAAAUGAAUUCAGUAGCAUUAAGCAACAAGCAAUAAUAGGGAGAUAAUGUUAAAAAUUAACUUUCUCAACAUGUUAUUUAAAACAUGAUACAACUAAACAGUUUAUGGAAUGUCAAUGAAGAAAACUAUCGUCUACUAAAACUAAAAUAACGAUAAACUUUUUAGACCUGUUGUGACAAUUAUACAUAUUAAUUCAUAGAGAGUUUAAUUAAUGAUAAUAGAGUUCUAUAUUAGGUUUUUUUGUAGAUAUGUAUAGAAAUAUAAUUGAUAUCUAUUCAAUAGAGAAAUUGAUAAUAUAUUUAAAAAGAAGAUUAUAUAUAUAUAUAUAUAUACAUACACGUACACAUACAUAUUAUUCAUGUUCACACACGUGCUCAUUUGUUUACAUUCGGAAUACAUCUGGUCAUUGUACGCAGCUGUAUGUGUAAAACGUGUGCCGGGAAAAAGGAAAAGAAAAAAACAACUAUCAAUAACAAAAAUUCGAAAUCGAAAUACACCAAAAUAUGGAUUUGAAAUGAGGAAAAUAAUUAUCAUUUCAUGCCUUUUUCUACUCUCUUCGUGGCUUUUGAAAUGAUUUUCAACAAUGCUGUACAUAUGUAGAUCCUAUAAUGUAUGCAUAGACCAGUUUCAAAAUUUUCUUAAAGAAUAUAUAUAUCAGUAACGAAUUGAUAACAUUGAUUGGAACGUAAUAUGUAUAAAACAAGAGGUCAACAUAUUUUUAUAUAAAAAAGAUAUUUAAAAAAAAAAAAAUGAAUAUUAUCUAUAAUAUUAAGAACCUUGUGAAUACCUGAUAAAUAAUGAUAUAUAUAUACAGUGCGUGCACCUAAGCGCGUGCAUAUGUGUGUGUGUGUGUGGUAAAAUAAUGAUGAAAAACUGGUCUUGUAUACAUUAAUAUAUAGUUCUAUAUAGAGAGAACGUAUAUUUUUACAGGGCACUGCCCGCGUGAUAAAAGCUCUUCCUAAUAAUUGCUAAAAAAAAACACAGUUCAUUAGCUUAAAUCAUUUUACUAAUUGUAUUUUGCGUGACACUACAAACACAGCAUGGUAGCGCAGCCUGAACAAUCCAUGUGUUUAAGAUCACAUGCCAUAUAAUGUAAAAUCCUUGUUAAACGAAUAACUACACAAUCUUAUCACUUAUCUCAAUAGUUGAAAGUACUCACUGGAAGAAAUGCUUGGUUACCAAUUUAAAAUGGCAAAAUUUUAAAUCGGAGAUAUUUCUAGUCUUAUGACUAUAUAUAUGUAUAUACACAGAUAUAUAUAUAUAUAUAUGUAAACAUAAAAACCUAUGAAUUAUUAGGUUGAUGAUAAAUGAUAUUUAAGCGUCACAGUUGCAAAAUAAGAAUAAAUUAUUACUUGUAAUAUAUGUUUACUGCUGGCUCAGAUAUAUUCAGACAUAAAACUCAUAACUACUGCUUUUAAAAAGAAACAAAAAAAAAAGAAACAAAGGUGCAAUUUAGUUUAAUUUAUUAACUAUACAUUGUUUAUCGUCUAAUGUUUAAUUCUUAGUUGCGUCUAAAAAUUUGUAAUUUGCCUGAUAGUAAAUUAAUUAAGCGAAGAACUGCGAUAUUUUGUUGGCGAAGUGAUGUAGUUUCAAUCAGUAAGGACGUUGCACUUAACAAAUUACAGUUGUUAUUAAUGUAAAAAUGAUAAUUAAUUUAGCGUCAUGAAAAAGGUACAUUUUAAAGGACAAAUGUUGACACAAGGCGCGCUGCCAGAACGUUUUAUGUGAUUGUAGCUAGUCAAGCUACAAAGAUUAAAAAUCCAAGAUGAAAGGUGCGAGGAAGAAUGCCAUGUUAUAAACGAUCAAGGAAUUUGAAUUUUUGAGAUAUAUAUAUAUAUAUAUAUAUACAUACAUGCAUACAUUCAUAAAUUUUAUGUAAACGUUAAACUAAUCUAUUUACUGCGCGUACUUGUAUGCUUUAAAAGCCCAUGUCUUCAAGCUCAAGACUGGGUAGUUCUUUUCGAAAUUUGUAUACACACAAGUAAGACCAGCUUUUUGUAGAUUUUAUGUUUUUCUAUUUGUCUGUGAUAUUAUUACAAAUCUAAACGUACCUUGUUAUUGUUGUUAUAUUUUGGUGAAACAGAAGUUUUAGAGCUUUAUAAGUUUUAUCAGUUAGAUAAAGGAAAGGGUGUUCCCAUGGUUUUCUGAUAAUAUUAAUUGGCAUUCUUGCUGACACCUAAACAUUCUGAUCUAGAUGGAUAAACUGGCAUCUUUAAAUUAAUAAUAUAUAUAUAUAUAUUGAAAGUAAUAUCACAGUUUUCACUAUCUGUUGAAACUUUUAGUCUAGCUUUCGUUUGCUAUGACUGAAGAUCUGUUCUUCCACGUAGUUUAUUCUAAUCUAAUUAACUAGGGGGUGGGAUGCCAUUUAUAGUAAAUAGUGAUGUAGCUAAUCGAUCCGUCACAAAUUAGAGUAAUCGGUUAGUGAUGCAACAUAAAGCAAUACACCAGUACAUCCUGAUAUUGGGCAAAAUACUCUUGGUCAGCCGGUCAAUGGGAAACACCUAUAAAUCAGUGUAAUAUUUGUAUAGAGACUACUAAGUGUAAAAAUCAUCAAACAAAUAAUUAUAUAAAGUAACUAAUUUAUUGAGUAUUUUUUGUAUAUUGUUAUAGCUUAUACAUGAUAGAAGUAUCAUUCUUUUUUCUUAGUGAUCCUUUAAAGCGUUAAAAUUAUUAUUUAUCAUGGCACUGAAUCAUUGAUUACCGCUGUUAAAUGUGACCGGUUGACUCAGAUAAAACACCAUCGAUAAUUAAAACACCAAAAAGCAAAUGUACGAAGCAAAUCAUAUAUUUCAUCGCAACUAGCCACGGACAAUCAAAAUGUAACAUGGUGUUUAAUUUGCUUCCAUUACAUGACAUCGUGCCAAACGCAGAAAUCAUUUAUUUUGAGGAACAGAUGUUUAUUUAUAUGUGUAUCUACAUAUUGUAUAUUGUACGAAUUUUGUUAGCGUAAUAUAUAAUAUUAUUAUUAUUAUUAUUAUUAUUAUUAUUAUUAUUAUUAAUAAUAUAAUUAUUACUCAUUUUAAACGAAGUCCAUUGUAAAAUGUUUGUUAAGUUUUUGACCUUGCUUAUAUAAUUGAGUAGAAUAUUUAAUAUUUUAGAUUGUAACCAAAACCGAACUUUAUUAAUGAAAAAAAUGUGAAAAAUUAAAUGUAAGCGGAGUUGAUUAUUUAAAUUUGCAACCUUGUCGAAUAUGCUAUAACAUUAUACAUAAUAUAAUCAUGAAUGAAGUUAUUGAAUGCAAAACAUGUAAAAUGCAAAGAUCAAUUGUUGUUAAUCCAUGUUAAUUUGAAUAUAAUAUAUUAAUAUAUAUUUCUAUAUUUAAA